UAAAUAGUUUUUUCUUGGAGUUGAAAAAAGAAUACUUCCAUAUAGCCAUUGGAAAACGAAAGUACCCUCGGCAUAAAUCGGAAAAUCGGAAGUAGGGAAAUACACAUUUCGUUGGUACAUAGGUUUCCAGAUGUGUCUCCAUAUGCCCUGAGGGAUUAUCUACAAAUGUCAGCCUCAUUGACAAAAGUGCCUAGUCCUUACGUCUUCCUGCAGAAUAUUCCAUUUGACACUGGAGACGACAACAUCAAGAACUAUGUAGAGGUGAUAUGUGGUCUGGACGUGACGUCAUUACACCGGCAACGAAACUGUCCAUCCGUAGCCGUGGUGCAGUUUGAAACAAAUAUCACAGAUCAAGAUAUAAUCGCUUGGGAAAAGCGCCUAGAGGAAAAACGACUGUGUGAAAAUCGGGUUACGAUUCAAGCUUUGGGACAGCCAAACGGAGUGAUUGUGUAUAAUGUUCCGCAUGAUGUUACAGACGAGCUUUUAGAAUUGUACUUCGAGAACAAACGAUCUGGGGGACUUGAUGGCUGUGUUAUUGAUGUUGUAAACAAAGCGAAAGGAAUUUACGUUGUUAAGAUCAAUAUUCAAUCGGCUAUUAAAUCUAUAUUGUCAAAUGGUGGCCAUAAUAUUAAAGGGGUGAAAGUUACAGUUGAGCCGUGGUUUGAAACGUUGAAUCGCCAAUUACUCAGAACUGAGAAUGAUCGUGUUGCAGUGAAACAAGUGAUUUCAACUCCGCCGUGUCGAGAAACGGAUCCUGUUUCAGAUCGUGUUACAAGGAAACCAGUGAUUUCAACUCCGCCGUGUCGAGAAACGGAUAUACCUGUGCGGGUUCAUCCAUUCAUGUUUGGCAGUCGAGAGUCAAGAAACGUCGAUCGGGUUCUUCCGAUGAAGCAUUCGCAGUCAUACGAAGGGAAUCAGAUCUUUACCGACACUGAUAUCGGACAGGAAAGACACAUCAAUACGUUCAAACCGACAUCAAGUGACCCAGAAAGUCGCAGGGGCAAUGAGAACCUCGGACGAGUUAAAGCAAGUUCAAGAGGCCGACAGUUUAGCCAAGAACAACAACGUGAAAGAAGAGAUUUAUGGGGUCAGAAGAAAUACUGUCGUUCUGAAAUAUCGCUUCCUCCGCAUAAAAUCAAAUUACUUAUAAUCAAUCGUUUCGGGUAUAAAAUGAACAGUGAAACUGUCAAUUGUUCCAUGACAGAAAAGGCAGGAAAAGUAACACUCUGCGCUACUUCAGAUGAAGAGCUAAAAUCCGUAGAAAUAAAACUGUAUGAAUGUCUCAGUCGAGUUAGUUGCAAAGAAAAGAUCAUUCAAGCAGAAUUAGCGCAGUUUUUAAACACGGUCGAAUGCGAAGUUGAAAUGAACAAUAAGCUUCGGAGUGCAAAGAUACCAGCUGCAUUUGAAAUACAGACGGACAUUAACGUAAAUAAGAUAGUCAUGCAUGCCUUUAUUGCAAAUCAACUAGAAAUAGGGCUUGAUUUUAUUGAUGACUGCGUAAAAGUUAAAGAACUUGCAUUACCGAAAGGCAUUAAAAAGAAUGUUCUCCAAAUGACUGUCACUGAAUUAACUCCUGUAAACGACACAACCAAAGUUUAUCUAACUUCGUCCAAUAUCUUCGUUUGCAGUUUCUGUGAAAAACAAGCAGAACAUUUAGCAAAGACACUAUUAAAGGAAAUCAAGAACAUUGAACCGAAAAAAGUCGGCCGUGUGGAACUUUCAAGAGCAAAGGCAAGGUGCUUCAAAAAAUGUUAUUUGCAAAAUAUAGAGGCUGCAUUUAGUAUUAGGUGGACAGAAGAAGGGCAUGGUACAGAUUAUAAGCUUGUAGUGCAUAUUGAGGGAGAAGAUGAUGACUUGAAAUUUGUCAAAUCAAUGAUCAAUAAAAUCGGGAGCGAAAUAUUUAAUUUCAAGAGAGUUUGCACAGACGAUGCCGACAAUUGGCUGUUGAUGGCGGGUCUUAAUGGACGAUCGGGUCACGAUUUUCUUAAAAGUUGUGAAGAAAGAUUCAACUGUUGGCUCGAUGUCUCGAAAGACGGGGAUGUAAUCCCGCCUACAAAAGGUCGAUCAAGGUUGUCAGUAGAUUCCGAGGUUGUUCUCUCGUCGCAUCAAAGUAGUUCCAGCGAUUCUGGGUGCAUAGACGAUCAUUCCGAGAAUCUGCAAGAAAUUGAACAAUUGUCCGCUGCUUGUGCAAGACCAGGGAUCGGCAUAAAAAACAUGACUAGACUCCAACCCCCGAAUAUGUCUGAAGAAGUCGCAUUGCAAGCAGCUUUGCAGCUGUCUCUCGAGGCCUCGGGUGAAUUACUUCCGGGAGAUGGGUUAUACGGAUCCAAUGCCCUAGAAGAUUUAACACAGUUCGACAUUGGACCAAGAAACCUGCAGCAAAGUUUUCAAACAUCAGCGACCGUUCGACCUUACAGUGUCAACUUGUCAGGCGUAAAAGUAGUUAUCAAAAAAGGUGAAAUCGUUAAGGAAAAUGCUGAUGUGCUAGUCAACAUUCUGUCCCCAGGUAUGCAACUCGCAGAGAGUAUUGUGUCCAAAGCUUUCCUAAACGCAUGCGGACAAUCGCUGCUACUAGAAUUCAGUUCAGCAACGAAGACAUCAGUGAUAACUACAUCAGGCUGUGGCCUCGCUUGUAAAACUAUUUUACAUGUGGGUCUAAAGAAAGGAAACGGUGGUGAAAAUUGUGUUUCCGAGGUUAUGCAGCUGAUUUUGGACUCAAGUGAACAUUUACAAUACCAAUCGCUUGCUAUGCCACCACUUGGCGUCGGUCGGUUAUACAACUAUCCAAUGCAAUCUAUUGCUUCACAGAUGUUUCAAGUUAUGAGUGACCAUUUUCAACAAGGAACCACGCUAAAGAAUGUCAUCGUUAUGGCAUACGACAAAAGUACAUUUGAUGAAUUGAUAGUCGCCCUUGUGCAAAUACAGUCAUCGGCACCAAGUUCUAGAAGACAUAUCAGUAGUCCAACCAUUUCGACGCCACAGCCGAGUAAACCUAUUCUAAAAUCUAGGCAACCUACAGUUACAAAUGAUCAGAAGGAACGUACGCGUGCAAGAUCUCACGAGUCAGAACGGCGCAGAAGGCAAUACUCGAUAAAGCCGACGAAACCAAAAAGGAUCCCAGACUAUAGCAAGACAGAUAGAAUCACCAUCACGGUGUUUGCGGAAAGUAAGGACGAAUGUAUAAAGGCUAUUCAACAAAUCAGUAAAACCAUGAGGGCUGAACUUCUGUUUGAAGAGAAAUUUGACACGGUGGAACACAUAUCGAAAGAGACGAAGGAUUCCAUCGUGAAGAUAAUCAGCAAGUACAGCAUCCGGUCUAUCAAAGGCAACAAACACUACAUCCUUAAAGGGAAAAGGCAACAUGUUUCUGAGGCUCUCAAAGAAGUACUGAAACUGUUAAUAAAUGAUCCCGAAAAGUCAAAAAAACGCCCGCUUCGAAAAGAUAUGAAAAGAGGCACUGUUGAAUUUGCAGAGUCCAUGGCACACGAGGAAGUUAACAUACCAAUUUACUGGAAACUGUACAAAGGCAACACACCUUUUUCGGAAAUUUUAAGCAUUUUUAGUGCAACCGGAAAAGACUACAAUAAGAUUGCAAUCGAUGCACAUGACCCGACAUAUAGUAGAAUUGUGAAAAUGGUCAAUAAAACGUUUGAUUCAACAAAGAUUGGGCAUGGUCAAGACGCCAAAGGACUAGAACGCUUAAGUUACAGCAAGCUGUGGAUAACCAACAUACAAAGAAUAGAAAAUCCUCAGCUUUUUCGCAAGUAUGUUCAUAAAAGGCAGGAAAUAUUUCUUAACUUGUUGAAUGAGAAGCGUGGUUGCUGGCCGACCGUAGGACAACUACCAAGGAGUUCCGGUGAAAUAACGACGCGCAGUUACCUAUCACAAACAAUGGAAAAAGAACCAUAUUCCGAGAUAAACGAAGUGUAUUUGUUUCACGGAACAAAACCAGACACGAUACAAACCAUUUGCAUCACCGGCCUAGAUCCUCGUCUUGGCAGUGGAAAAGCCAUGUUCGGUUCGGGAAUAUACGGUGCCGAAAAGUCCUCAAAAGCAGAUCAAUACACUGAUGAUAUAUCGACUCGGACAGGUGGAGCCGGAAACGAAAAGAAAAUGUUUUUGAUGCGGGUAAUUCUUGGAAAAAGUUAUCUAUGCACUGAUCCAAACCCGCACAAGUACAAACGGCCUCCGUGCACCCAGUGCUACAAAGAUGACUGCAAGAUCCAUGACUCAAAUUUUCAUUCCGUUGUGGGUGACAACAAUAAAUUAUUCCGGGAAUUCGUGGUGUAUGAAGGUGUGCAGUGCUAUCCUGAAUAUCUGAUCACGUAUGAACGCAGAUAAACAUUCGCGGUCGGUUUCUUGUGAUCAAUUGACAUUUGUAAUUCAGAUGGAAAUAAUUUGUAAAUAUUUUCAUGAGUUUUUCACAUGUGACUUAAAAUUAUGUAUUAAGUAGUUCAUGUUUUCAUGUUUUGAUGUCUUUUAUCACUGAUAAAACAAAAUCCACCUGUCAUUAUGUCUGUAAACAUAAGUAUUUCACUUAUAACUGGAUAUUUUUUCAUGAUUUUAUAACGGCAUGUUUGAAGCUGUUUUUCUGGAAACCGAAGAUCCGUUUGACCCAAAAUAUCAGACUGUGUCAAUAUUUGAUCAAUUGAACGAAGCAUGAAAUAUAAUAGUAAGUCCAGCUCGGAUAAGAACAAAUGUAAUUUUGCAAUAUAUAUAGAGUUGGGAUCCCUUAUCAUAGAAGUACUUGGGGUUUACCUAUACGUUUUUUAUUGUUUGUUUUAUUGAUAUGUUUCCUCAAGUUAAUGCAUACUUUGAUAAGAUUUACCUUUUUGAUUUUGGCGUCUGCCCAGUGCCACUAAACCGGGUUUAUGUUUUAACUUUUUGCUACUGAGCUUGUUUCUGUAGCUUUUUGCAUAAAUAUUGUUUAUUAUAUUCAACACUAUCUUGCAGAUGGUGUUCGUGUUAUACAACAUAGUUGACAAAGUAUGUUAUGAAGAAAGCAUUUCUUUUUUUUAAAAAAAAUAUAUGUUUCAUUUUGUUUAAAACCAAGCUUAGACUACGAUUUUUUUUUAUUUAAAUCGUUUUUACAACGUUCGAUCAUUCUGUAGGUAACUACAGCCGUACACAAUUUUUACAAUAACUGAUCCAAAUUGCAAUGUGUGUGAAAUAAAACAUGUUGUACUCUGGAAAAACUUCAGCAUUGUGCUGUCGAUGUUCCGGAAUAAAGAUGUGAAACUAUGAUGAUUUGACCAUGUUGCCAAACACCUAAGAUAGUCAAAAACUAUUGAUAAAAUGCAGAUACGGGAAAUCUUUACUGAAACAUUAACGUGCUUGUAUAUAACAAGUAUACGUGCCUUAAGUAUUUGAACUGUUUUUCCUUUACUUUCUUCUACAAACGGCAUAUGCACAUUUCAAUAACGUUACACGUAACCAUGGUUGUCAGGCAUUAGGAUUAUUAUUGCUGUUGUAUUUGUUUUAAUGUCACGACAUACCAAUAUUUAUUAUGUCAAAAUAUAAACAAGAAUUGAGUCAACAAAAAAAUAAAGAGGUAUAAAACAUAUAUGUACCCGUAGGAAGAAGAAAGGUAAAUAAGAUAAUAAAACUACACAUGUAUGUUUCAUUCACGCGGUUUAAGUUUAUGUAUCAUUUAUAGUUGUUCUACUUACCGACUAUAUGUUUGUUAAACAAAGUCCAUUUAACAUUUUAUUUUAUAUUUGUAUUUGUAUGUUUAGUUUAUCAUUUGUCAUGUUUGUUUGAAUAAAGAAUCUCUCUCUUUCCAUUUUAAAUCACUCUUGGGUGAUCGUAUACGAUUUCUGUUUGAAUAAACUAUAAGAAGCAA